CCUGAACCUUCUCUUCACAGACAACCUGGAUCGAAAUCUGUCAAGACUGAAAGGCAGCGUCGUUCUUGAAGAGGUUUGGACGUUUUUCCUGUUUCGUAAAAUUGCAAACUUUUCCUGAGUCCUCUCUCCUUUUAACCAGUAAAAACUCACUGACUACAAUUUAUUUACAGAUUUCGUCCUCAGAGUUCAUCAUUCGUGUGGCUUUUGUCCUGUAAUAAUCACAAUUUGUCAACGAUGGCCGUGCGUAUCAUGACAAUCUUUAUCCUUCUAAUAUCAGUGCUUUUCCCAUUGCUGAUAUGUGCGCCUUUAGAGACUCAAGAAAAUGAUGUGGAAGACUCAGAUCUUUACAGAACUGCGGUAGGAGGUUUUUUGCUAUGUCACCAUUGACUAUUUCAUGGUUAUAUGACGCACUCAAAAUUUAAGGAACCAAAAAUUUUAAUGUUAUGAAUGCGAUCUUGAACUUUUUCGAGUACCGUCACUAUUUUCAUUCAAUGUAUGUUCAUUUUAUUCCUAGUGAGAUAUGUUCAUUGAUGAUAAGAGGCUUUCACUAGAUUGAAAAGAAUUUUGAGCAAACGGAAAUUAAUUGUUAGCUUAUUAACGAAACAGUGUUUGUUCUUCUCCCGUUCUUCAUUAGUUAAUCUUCGCUUGUAACUGAUAUCUAAUUCUGGAAUAUUGUCUAAGAAAAAGGUUCUCUCUCUCCUCAAUGAACCUAUCAUAAAGUUAUAUCUGCGAAUUUCAUUCUCUUGGAUACGUGUGUAAACCGGAAUGAUUGCCUCUAAAGAAAGGGAUUUCCUACUCUUGGUGUUCGGCAACUGAUGUUAAUCUACGGAUCGACUUAGCUUGCUUACAAUUGCGUUUGUUUAAAAAGACGUACCUAUUUUUGUUGGCUUAUGCUCGACUGCUAUGCUGAACGCACUCGCCCUUUCUAUCCACAACAUUUAUCAGGUCAGCCUCUAAAACGCCUUGUUCAUUCCCUUUUCCCAUCCUCCAGCGCCAUCCAAUAAACUUUCUUGCUGAAUGGGCUUCGUGCCAAUACUCUUCUAUGGGAAAAGGUUUUCUCUUGAUGACAGCUUUCGAAGCAUAUGUCAUUUCGCAGUUGUGAGUAUCGUUUGGCUGAAGGGGAAAAGCCAUUGCUCCCUGUUAACAGGGUUCAUAAGCCUUUUUUUUUUUUUUUUUUUUUUUUUUUUUCCGAUGGAAUAAUUGGUGCUAAUUCCGUACACGAAUAGAUAAUCGUAAAGAUUGGUUGGAUAGAUCUCUGAUCCGUGAAGAGUACAGGAGACUCCCUCGCUCACAUGCAUACACUUGUUUGUCAGUAAUUCGAAAGCUGACACCGUAUUAGUUUGCAACAGGUAACCCUCUGUAUUGUAUGUUUACAUUACGCAAUGGGCGAAAUAUAAGGUUUUAAAUGGAAAUUAGUUUUGAAUGAAGACAAUCUAACAUCGCCUCAAUGGUUUUUCCUUUGUAAGGUGCGGAUUUUCUGGGAUGAUUUAGGGCCAUUUGGUUCGCUUUCAGUUCAUGUGCUGUAACCUCUAAACAAUCCAUUCCGAUUUGGUUUAUUUCACAUACGCACUCUUCAUUGUAAGCGGGACCAUCGGAAAAUUUCCUGUGGUGCGUUAACAGCAAUUGCACCUCGACAUGAACUUCACUGUUAUGUCAGAGCGAUUUCCAAACAGGCUCUCCAUUAAGAAGCCUGGAAUUUUUCUUUUCAACAGGAUAUUAUUGAAGCGUUGAAAAACAUCGUACGUGUAAGAGCACGGCGUCCAUUUUCUCCAAACAAAUCAAAAGGUCGAAAUUUGUUAUUUUAGUGACCAAAGUUUAUUUUCUAUGCACGUGCGUGGUGUGUCUUUACAUCAAUUCCGGAGUCCACCCUCCUCAAAUCUCAGCCAAUGAACGCGCGCCGUGUUUCACAAUUUUUACCACAGAGACCUUGUUAUAACAUUAUUGCGCUUCACUAUUAUAAAUACAAACUGUUAUCGAUGUUUGCGUUUUAGGUUAUUCUUGGUUCUAAUUCGUAUAGAUAGGCGAACAAUGUACCGAAUAAUAAAUGCAAAUAUAGCUGCGUUGUAAAUUUACAGUGCAGACGCAUCGAUAAGGCUAGGUUAAUUUGAUGCGGCGAGGAAAUCACCCUACCUACCUUGCUCUUCAUGCAAAUGUGUAAAACAUCUCACAUCGAUGUCACAUUGGAUACCUCUUUUUCUUUGGAAAACUAGAGAUUAGGCCUUCAUUAUAUGCGCUGCGACUCGAACGUUUUCUUCCCCCGUGAGGAAGGUUGAUCAAAGGGAAUUAGCGAGAGGUCAGUAAGGGGUCUGGCAUUAUUAGUGUUAGAGCCCUUGCAGAUCUUUUCCUCAAGGCCUAAAGCUUUCUCGCGGCGAAGAAACGCUCGUGCCGUAGAGCAUAGAAUGUGCGCCCAUGGUCGUAGGGAACAACAUUGACAUUAAGUCCAACUUGGGUCCAAAUUCAAGUUUCAUAACACUUGGAUUUAUGGUUCAGGCAGCAUGUUGCUGAGAGGUUUCAAAACGUAUCGAAGACGAUGCCUUUGUGUGCCCGAAAUAGCGAUUGAAUAAAAGCUACCAAUUCACGUUUAUCAUUCACAAGUCCGAAAUGUUUGAUUGAAUAAAUUUUUAGCGACAUUUAUGGAAGUUUAGGUUACUUUUUUCCUUAGAACGAGCUGAUCAUGGACAGAGGUUACCCGGUGGAAAAUCAUUUUGUUACAACUCAAGAUGGUUUCAUUCUAAACAUGCAACGGAUUCCGCAUGGAUGGAAUAAGACUCAGAGUCCAUCUCCCAAACCAGUUGUCUUUCUUCAACAUGGACUGACAAUGGAUAGCACCAACUGGAUACUAAACGGACGCUCAGAGAGUCUGGCCUACAUCCUUGCAGACAGGGGCUUUGACGUAUGGCUUGGAAACAUCCGGGGUAACAGAUAUUCACAGAAGCAUAUAAAACUAGAUCCGAGUGACGAGGAAUUCUGGGAUUGGAGGUAAUAUGGUCUGGAGCCCUACAUUGCUGAUUUUCCUAAAUGACUGAGAAAUAAAUACACAUCAAUAGCAUGCGUGCUUUAUUUUCAGAGAAAUUCACAGUCAUUUGAUGGAGGGAUCCUGAGAUACCUUAACUCUGUUUCCUCGGUUUUUUUUUUUUCUUUUGUCAUCUUUUUUCUUUCUUGUGACUGGUUUUGGAAUAGUGUUCGUUAAAAUGUACUCUAAAUUCCCUUCAUUCUAUAGCUGGCAAGAGAUGGCUAAAUACGACCUUCCUGCCAUGAUAAACCGUGCGCUAAAUGUGAGUGGGCAGGCUCAGCUGUUUUAUGUGGGUCAUUCCCAAGGAACUCUGAUUGGCUUCACAGGCUUCUCGAGUAAUCCCCAGUUGGCGAGUAAAGUGAAGAUGUUCUUCGCCCUGGCUCCAGUCUAUACUGUUGGUUACGUCUCUGAGAUUAUUCGCACAGCUGCUUACGCCUUGUAUCCAGUUCUGGUAAGUUGUGUAAAUACUAAUCACAGACUGCCCCUCCCCCCACUGUGCAAGCCACACUUGCUAAUGCCAUAAAACCAGGAGCCCAUUACUUAAAAAGGGGCUCCUGCAUAAAACCCAUAAUGUGGUUCAAUUGCGGGACGACAUCAAUGAACCUCCAGCUCUGAACCUGAGCGCUUCGAUACAGAAUUCCAACCCUAACCAGUAGAUCUGCCGCGUCUCCUGUUUGCCACUGUAGUACAAGGUACGCCUCGCAAAACGCUUAAAUUCAAGUAAUCGGCUAAGGCUGUGAAGUGCUUGAGGGCAUUGACAUCUCAUCGAAAAAGCUUAUUAGGGCUCCAAUUCCUUUAGCAACGGGAAACGUAUUACUUGGAUCGUUUUCCCUUCCCUGAAUCUACUCUUAACCAAUGGACAGCCUCUUCUGCUUUAAAUAGCCAGAGUAGCAGUACACCGUCUUGAGUCGCUUACUAUUCGUUAACAGCAUGUAUACCAGAGCUAUCACAGUGGGAAGAUGUUGACGAAUAGCCUGAUCCAUAUGUUGACCGAGAAGUCGGUGUGCGGCGGAGAAUUUUCAGAAAAGAUUUGUUAUGACGUGGGAGAAGAGCUGUUUGGAUUUGACAGUGCCAACAUAAACAUGGUAUGAAGCUACUUAUGGUGUCGAGUUCGUGAGAGGGGAAUUCUGAAGUGUUUUGAUUUUUUUUAUUUAUAACUGGGUGAUAAGAGGAGUCUUGUGCUUGCUUUUCAGUCCAGAGUGCCUGUUAUUUUGUCUCAUUGGGGAUCAGGAACGUCUUUUAAGAACUUCAUUCACUUUGGUCAGGUACGCUCAGCUUUUGCCUCGCAGCUCUCCAUCGUCAGUGAUGUUUCCGCCUAAAUCUAACUAAUACUUGAUGAUCUCAGUUCUUUUUGCUAAUUUGUUGUUAAUAUUAGCGACGUCUUUCACGCAAUCCUGGUCGCUCUUAACCUUGAACCCCUAGGAGUGAUAGCAUCAAAUUUAUCCUCACAAUAUCACCCCUGAAUCACACAGUAAGGUCACGAGAAUAAUAGAAAUAAUCACCAACUAAAGAUAUUAUCGAUUCUUUGACAAAUUCUCCUCGUCAGAGCCAUAGGAAAUGCCAUGUGAAAAGUAUGAAGAAUAUGCAUACUGAUGUUAGGGUGUAAAAGAUUCAGAAUUAAUUUUUUCUCCCGCGUUUCGUGCCCCAAAGGGUCUCCAGUCGGAGCUGUGGAAUAACAAUUACCUGAAAGAUUAUUCUUAGUUUUAUUUGAGUGGUCCAGCUCAUAGUGACCUUUCAAUAAAUUUAAAGGACAAUGAAAACAAGGCCCUUAGCACUAAGUAAAAUAUGGCUGUGACCGCUUAAUAGAGGUGAAAAUUACAGUGAAUAAGGGGAAACACAUUCGGGACUUUGGCAACCAACCGCUUGAUACAGAGUGACUGCUUAAUACGGUGACGCUUCAUACAGUUUGAUUGUGCGCCGUAAUAUUCACAAUGUGCUGCAGAUACUGUUUCAAACGGUGACUCUUGGUGUUACUAAAUAGCUAACUCGACGGAAAUAAUGUAGCUUUUAUUAUAAAAUUGUAAAAACUGUUUCCAAAUUACUAUUUAGAUCUUUGUUUAUAACAGCUACUAUGGCCGAUGUGGAUAGUUGUUUCCUAUUUAUGGAAAUACCGUUAUCUAUGUUUUAUUUCAGAUGGUGUUGUCAAAGAAAUGUGCCCAGUAUGAUUAUGGAUUCUUCUCCAAUUAUAGAACUUACGGCCAGGUAUUUAUCACCACUAUUUCAGUAACUCAUGAGAGGCUCGUUUUGAGGCAUUGUCAGUUGUAAUCGUAUGCAUAGGUCCACCAGACCGUCAGUUAGUUGGCAAGCCGGCCUACCCAAGCAUUCAUGGAGGGGGGGGAGAGCACAAAUGGGGAGGGGGAGAGAAAGAUCAGCCAGGAAGCCCAUGCACCAAGGAUAUUGUUCAUUCUAUUAAGAGUUAUGGUUGGAAAUCAGUGAAUUAGUCAAUCCGUCAGAACACCACCACUCCAUACUUUCUAUCUAGGUGGCAAAUCGGUCAAUGAGUCGGUUGACCGGCUCGGUAGUCACCUGCAGUCAGGCACUCGUUCGUUACCACCUGUUCCUUACUCAAUUUCAUGCCAUUUGUCUUUUAAAUCAGCUUGAAGCUCCAGAGUACCAUGUAGAAGACAUGAAGACUCCAACCGCUCUCUUCUCGGGGUCAAAUGACAAACUUGCCAGCCCGACAGAUGUACGACUUCUAAAAGACCGGAUAACUAACUUGAAAUACUUCAAAGAGAUUCAAGGCUGGAAUCAUGCUGACUUUUUAUUUGGAAAUAAUGCACCUGAGCUUCUUUACUCAAAGCUUAUUAAUAUGAUGGAAACUGACUUGACCCUGGGAACCGAGUUAGCUGAGUUUGAACUAUUUGAUGAAAAUUGA